GCAUUUACGUCACUUCUGUUUUUUUUCGUCAUCUUAAAACGUCAUUCUGAGAUGGAGCAUGCGUAUUAUUCAUACUAUCGCUGCGUAGUUAUAACGCCUGAGUGAUCGCUUUCCUGCUUUGCAAUCGCCUUCGUUACAGUUUUAAGCGUGAAAAUGCGACUUUUCUUCGUAACAUUUCUGAUUUUUCAUUAUUUAUUUAUGGAUUCGAACGUUGAAUCAGUUCCAACGGCCGAAAGAAAAGGAAAUGAAAAUCAGACAGUAGACGAAGAGCAACAACUAGAUCAACUUCGACGCCGUAAUGCCGUACAAUCAGAAAACGAAAAACUGGAGCAUGAUGCGUCAGGGAGAAAACAGAAAAAAAAUUCAAUUUUACAACCGAAUUAUUCACCUAAAGAUUAUAAAUUAUUUUCUAGUCUUCGCUUUACUCCGGUAGCUUUAGCUGAGUAUAUACUAAAAUCUGGAGAUGAAGAAGGAGUCACUUUGGCUAUUGAAGAGUUACUAAAAGAAAAUGUGUUAAAUCGAGAAGAAGCCAUAGCUUAUCUCCAGGAGAUUAAAAAUGCCAUGUUGGAACUCAAAGAUGAAGCUAAAGAUCCAAACAAAUUCAAUGUAAUUCCUAACACUAAAAAAAACGAAAAAAUCGAAGAACCAAAAAUCAAUCUUCCAUCAACUUCUGAAGCUCCAGUUAUCGUUCCAAAUACCUCCGUUUUUACAAAAGAUAAAGAGAAACCGAAGAAAAAGCCUAAUCUAAAACCAAAGGAAUUUCAUAACGAAGACACUCUGCAACAUGUCAUAUAUCAACUGGCUAAAGAUAUGUUCAGAUACAGUUUAGUAUUCGGUAAAUUAUAACUUUCUUUUUUGAUA